AUGGCCUCACUGGGAUCCAAGGUCCGGUUCAUUACCACGGCGGGAGUUGGGUUCUUCGCGGAUGGUUAUCUCAAUUUGACUAUCGGUCUUGUGGUUCCCAUUCUUGGAUACCUGUACUAUCAAGAUGGCAAGGUUCCGACGGUUGACAGUGACGUGAUGAAGGGUGGCUUGAGCCUUGGAAUGGUCGUUGGCCAACUGCUCUUUGGGGUUCUAAGUGAUGUUUGGGGGCGUCACACCAUAUAUGGCAAAGAGCUUCUCUUGACAAUUUUUGGUACCUUGCUGGUUAUUCUACUGCCCUGGAAAGGCAUGGAUCCACGAUCUAUCACGGCGUGGGUGGCCAUUUUUCGGGUUUUGACUGGAGUGGGCAUUGGAGCUGACUAUCCUCUCUCAUCCUCUCUUGCCGCGGAGAAAUCGCCCUUCGGUACCCGUGCAACCCAAGUCUUGACCGUCUUCUCGAAUAUCGGUCUCGGAAACAUGGCAGCUAGCAUUGUUUUUCUCGUCCUUCUCAGGGCAUUCCAAGGAUCCAUUGCAGCAAACGUAGCCCAUUUAGAAUGGGUUUGGCGUCUCCUUUUGGGCAUUGGUAUCAUUCCGGCUAUAUUCACUCUCUACGCCCGCUUAACCAUUGCAGAGACAUUGCCCUACAAGCAAUAUGUUUGCGAUGAGGCUACCGGCCAGAAGCGUGAUCUUAAGCAACAAUGGCGUGACUUUCGAGAGUAUUUCGGCGACUGGAAGCAUGCCCGCGUUCUCUUCGCAACAUCUGCGGCCUGGUUUCUUUUCGACAUUGCCUAUUAUGGAGUAAACCUCAACCAGAGUAUCGUGCUCACUCGAAUCGGCUUCGCGAAGGGAGCAACCCCUUGGGAGACCUUAUACAAUACCGCUAUCGGAAACAUCAUUGUACAGGCAGCCGGAUACUUGCCAGGCUUCUAUGUCGGGAUCUUCCUCCCCGACCGUAUUGGCCGCGUGCGCCAACAAUUCUUGGCAUGUGUUGGAGUCUGCAUUAUGUACGCUAUUUGGGCUGGAAUCAGCUCACCUACAGCACACACUUCAACGGCAGGUUUGAUGAUUGUCUUUGCAAUCUCCCAAUUUCUUCUGACAGUAGGGCCCAAUGUUACUACGUUUCUACUUCCCGCGGAGGUAUUUCCAACCCGCGUUCGGGGAACGGCUCACGGAAUUUCUGCGGCUUCAGGAAAAUGCGGCGCCAUUCUCACGUCAUUCGUCUUCGGAACAGUUGAGGAUAGUAUUGGUUUAGAUGGUGUUCUCGGGCUUUUCUCUGGGAUUAUGUUGUUCACUGCACUUGUGACACUGUGGAUCCCGGAGACAAAGAACCAUACACUUGAGGCAAUUGAGGGUGGUGAAUUAUAUCAAGAGGAAAGUUCUGAUAUUAUUGAG